CUGUAACAUGGCCUGGCGGUGAGCUACCAUGGCGAUAGAGUAGCACUGGUAGCAACAUCAAACACUCUGCUGUUUGUUUGUUUUUAGUUUGUUUUGUUAUGCUUUACGCCUGCCGCCACACCAGCAGGGCACCACUCGUAAACAGCCAUGGACUUUUAAUUUACAUUCUUUUUCUCGGUGACAUGUUUAACCAUUCUCGAGGCCAUUUCUUUCCGUGUUUGGGAACUCUGGGAUUGAUUCAAUCAUCUUCGUGGCACACUUGAUUUCGCUGAGUACGGAAACAAUCUACGUGAUACAAAUUUGAUUCAAAGAUAAGUCUGGAGAUAGCAUGAUACAACUUUAAUCCAAAGAUAAGUCUGGAGAUAGCAUGAUACAACUUUAAUCCAAAGAUAAGUCUGGAGAUGGCAUGAUACAACUUUAAUUCAAAAAGAAUUCAUCACUAAACAUUUGAAUCCAGAAGAAGUCGACACAUUUAGAUUAUUCCAAAAGUUGAAACAGAUCAGUGCACGUUGUUGGGAAUAGCGGAAAUUCUUCAUAGUCGUAAAUCUACGCCUGAGAAAGGACAGCGCCUACAAGAAUAUCAUUUUUUGGUUGUGCGUGUUUGUGUGUUUAAAGUGCCAAAACAUUUUUAAUGAACACCAUAAAUUAUAUUUUAGAAAAAAAUAAAUUGGAUUAGAAUGAUUACUCCUGUGCAUUGAAUUUGAUUCGCUUAAUAACUUUCUAUUUAAGUAUACAUUUAUUUUUUCAUCUCUGAAUUGUAUUCACUUUUAAGUGAACUAGGAAUACCGCGUUCUCCUGGCACUACGUCUGGACAUUUUGGGGCCUGGUCACUCAUCUCCAUUCCAUCUUCUCUGAUUUUUACUUUUGAAGGUCCAUCCAUAAAUUGAUGCUGUUGGUCCAUCGAUUCCUCAGCCUUCCUCUCUACAAAUAAAUCCUGUAAUCGUUAUUAUAAGUCAUUUCUAUGAGUUUUAACUCCACAUUUGGUUGUUCUUUCAAAAAAACUGGUCAUCAACAUGAAGUUUGCGUGCAAGAAGCAAAUAGACUUGGAAACCAAAUCUCCUGUAGCCGCGACAGCAAUAAGACAGCAUAAUGCCAUUAUGGACAAGGAGCUCUAGUGACAUUUAUGAACUUGAUUCCUGGAGAGUUAUUGCCCUCUAAAAGUCAAUUGGUUUUGUGCUUCGAAGAAAGUUGUGUGUUUUUUUCUCCCUCUUUGGGCCUGACUUUGACAACAGGAAGUAGACUGUCGUUGCCAUGGGAAACGGAUCGAGCUUUGAACAAAUCAAAACUAUUUAUUUGGAUAUAAAUGGAAAAGAAGAAAAGAUUAUCUUCAGUCGGCACAGCACGCCACUGGAAAUUCACGAGUUGAUAGCACAGGCAGCAGGCGUCAACAAACAUUCCACCAUCUCGUUGCGAGAUAAAAAUGGCGCUCACGUUGCUGUCUCGCCAACAAUGCCUGUCAACUCUGCUCAGAACCCAUACAAAGUCGUCACCAGGGAGCCGCCGCCGGCAACAGAUAAUGACGCAUUCCAAGCAGUCCUGACACACGUAGCAGAACAGCUUAAUAGGCUAGUCAAAGUGGACGAGCUCAAGACCAAUUUUAACGCCAGAUUAACCAGUUUGGAGAAGAGAAUGGAGCUUGAAGGAUUGAAAGCGGUGGAGAUUGAGAAAUGCAAGUCCGAGAUCUCCUACAUACGGGACCAGCUGUGGAACGCCCAAAAGAAGUACGUUGAUUUCAAUAGGUUAAGGCCAAUAAUGACCAGCGGCUCGUGUGAUCACUUCUUUAGUUCCCUAAGUGAUGAGAGAAAGAUUAUCCUGAAGAGAGAUAUCCCGACUUAUCCAAAGUACACCUUGUCUCAAGAGACGGUGGAUUACCUGAAGCAACCUACUUUUGACAUCUGGCACUGGGAGCCCAACGAGAUGUUGAGUCUGUUGGAACAUAUGUAUCACGAGUUGGGAUUGGUUGAAGAGUUCAACAUCAACCCUAUAGUACUCAAGCGAUGGUUGCUCUGUGUUCAAGAAAACUAUCGCAACAACCCCUUCCACAAUUUCCGACACUGCUUUUGUGUGACCCAGAUGAUGUACGGAAUGAUCCACCUCUGUAAGCUCUGGGAGAGGAUGACCACAGAGGACCUUGGGAUACUGCUGACUGCGGCUGUCUGUCAUGACCUGGACCACCCCGGCUACAACAACACAUAUCAGAUCAAUGCAAGGACAGAACUAGCCAUCAGAUAUAAUGACAUCUCACCAUUAGAGAACCACCACUGCGCUGUUGCCUUCCAAAUACUAUCCAACCCAGAGACCAACAUUUUCGCCUAUGUAGAUAAAGACACCUUCAAAAGAAUCAGAGCAGGCAUCACAAUGUUAAUAUUAGCCACAGACAUGGCCAGGCAUGCAGAAAUCAUGGAGAGUUUCAAAGAAAAGUUGGCAGCUGGGUUUGACGACAAAAAUAAAGAGCAUCUUGAUACACUGAAAAUGGUCUUGAUUAAAUGUUGUGAUAUCUCCAAUGAAGUUCGUCCAAUGGAAGUUUCAGAGCCCUGGGUGGACUGCUUGCUGGAAGAGUACUUCAAUCAGAGUGACAGAGAAAAGAUCGAAGGCCUGCCAGUAGCACCAUUCAUGGACCGAGAUAAAGUGACCAAACCUACAGCUCAGAUAGGUUUCAUCAAGUUUGUUUUAAUACCAAUGUUCGAAACUGUUGCCAGGGUGUUCACCCAGAUAGAUGAAGUUAUGGUGCAGCCUUUAAAGAAUGCCAAGGACAGAUAUGAAGAAAUGAAAUCUAUAGAAGAAGCUCAGAAAGAGGCUAAGAAAGCACUAAGUCAGAACCACUAGUGUACUUACUUACCUACUUGGUAUGACAGAUGAUUAUAAACUAAAGAUCUAAAUGACUAUAGAAGUCAGAAGGUGAAGUUAGUUCAGAAGUCUGAUAUUAUUGCCUCACUCUGCUUGAUGCAAGACUAACAGCCUGUUGGACAUACUGUGUCUGUUGGUGCCUAAGUAAAUAUAAGUUAAGGGAAAUCAAUCUGUGUUACUGAUGCAACCAAUCACAGUGCUGGAUUUGCAUUGACAGUGCUACAUAAUUCGUGCUACACAUGUGAUGACAGUGCUACUUGAUUCAUGCUACUUGUGUGAUGACAGUGCUACCUGUCAUGUUACACAGCACUGUUCAAGUGACACCACAAAAGCUCUGUUGAACUCUAUGCCCAUUCCAUUAUUGAUAUUAUUUAAAAUAAUGUGUAUUGUAUAUCCACCUCUUCAUUGUCAAUGUAUUAUAUUUGUCAUUUUUGGCAUAAUUGAUGUCAAGCAGUUCUAAAGAUAGAAAUUUGUUUCAUCUACAAAGAAUAGAAUUCACAUCCAAGUUUUUGGUCAUAGUUCUAAACAUAGAAUUUCGUUUUAUUUACAAAGAAUAGCGUUCAUGUCCAAGUUUUUGGCAUUAAUGCAAAUGCAGUUUAAUAAGUUGGAAUGAGAACUCUUAGCUCUUUCCCUCCUAAUUGAUGAUGCCAACAUUGAUUUGAUCUCCAUUAAACUCAAUUGAUUUUUAGAUUUAUAAACUUUAAUUUGUGUUGGGUAAAGAGAGCAUGCUUUCUCCUGCAAUUUAAUAUGAAAAAUUAAAUUUUCUGAUAAAAAAACAAAAAAGUUAUUGAAGUUUAAUCAUAACAGGAUAGUGAAAUACAAAUGAGCAAAAUGAAUAAUACUAUCGAAACGAGAAAAAUAAUUACGACUGAAAGAGUUUAAAAAAAGAUAGACACAUGAACCAAAUGACAGUCUUUCUUUAAUCUACAUUAUCAUUCUUUUUUGAAGUAACGUCUGUAUUUUAUAAGAUAAGUUCUAUAGCUAUCCUCUUUAUCAUAUUUUUUUGAAAGAAAGUCUGUAUAGGAUAAGAUGGUAAAAUUAAAUUUUUUCCUUAUUUUAUGAUAUUGUGCUUCUUGGUGACAUUUACCCUCAGGGUUUCGAGGCCGUUUAUAACUUCAUGCUCUAUGGAUGAGUGUGUAUACACUUUUAUCCACAGAAUAUCCAUGAGCCGAAUCUCUUUUCAACCAUUUCGCAUCUUUCCUAAACUUACUGAAUAAAAGAAAAGGUUUCUUUCCAGUAAAAAAUUAACAUGUUUAAUUUAUUUUGUAAAUGUGUGUUCUUUACCAUAGCACAGUAAAUUUACCCAGUGGAUUGCAAGUAUUUGCUGUCACUCAUAAUUUUGAAAGUGAAAAACAGAACAACUUUUUAAAAUUAUUAAUAAUUUUGAAGCUACAUUUGCUGCGGCAAACAAUAUUUGGUAGGCUUUCACAUCAAUUUCAAUGUGUUUUACCAGGAUUACUUAGUGAUACAUAUAAAAAUCAUGUUACCGUAAUUAAUAGUAGCAACUAUUGUUUACAUAAAUAGUUUUUACAAAAGUGUCAGAAAAAAAAAGUAUAGUAGGCUACCUCUUUCAGACUUUGUAAUCUAUAGAGCAGAUGAUGUAAAUGUCAUCUGCUUUGAGGGCUGAUGGUCAAUGAGAGUAUCAUGUGGCCAGCACAAUGACCAACCCCUUUACUUUCCACAACCAAUGUCAGGCACCCAUUUGUGUUGGAUGGACCUGAAAUUUAAAAUCUCAGUUUAUAUUGAGAUUUCAACCCGUGACCCCUUGAUUUGAAAGCCAAGCACUUAACCACUUGGCCACCAUGCCCUUAAAAGUGUCAGCGUUUAGGGUUUAUUGUUAAUUAAACUGUUUUAUUGUUAAUUGAACUGUUUUUUCCUUGAUAAUUAAACUUUUUGUUAAUAGUUUUUCAACAUUGGUAACCACUUGGUAUCCACAAUCUCAUGUAUAGCUAAACUCUGAAUCUUUCCAAGUUAAUUCUUUUUACAAGUAUUUCAUCAGAGAAAGUUGUGGUUUUUUUUUUAAAUUUCUGAUGAGCCUCUAAGAACUUAAAGUAUGGGGUGAAUGGUUGCCUUGAAUCUUGGGCCUACUCAGUGUUUCUCACAUAAAAGUGUCAUCCUAAGAAGUCUAUAUUGAACUGAUCUAUGCCCAUUUGAUUGUAUUCUCUAUAUUGUAUAAAUGUAAACAUCAUCUUUUGAAUUUAUUUGCAAACUAAAUCUAACCCCCCUCUCCCUUUAAUGUUUUCUUUUUUUGGAUAAAUGUGUCACACUGAAAUUUCUGUUCACUUCAAAUGUUUUCUCUUGAGAUCAAAUUAUCUCACAGCCGUCCAUUAUACAGACUGACCUUAAAACUCAAUAAGAGGUCUAAGACAUUGGAAUAUUCCGUAUUUUAUGUGAUUUGAUUUAACUGAUUUGAUUUGUGUGGUUCACAAGUUUUUGUAUUAUUUAAUUCCAGUAACAAUUUAGCUUUCACAUUCAUGCAUCUAUUAUAUUACUAAAUAGUUACUAUUGACUUAGUUACUUGCUUAAACUCAUCCAGGCCAUUCGGGGCAUUGGGUGGCAAGCUGCCCCCUAAGAAAUUAGUCUUCAAUACUGUUUUUAGCCUCUUGGUGUCCACUGCCCUGGGUUCCUCAUUAAAGGUGUGGCGCCAUGUUUUACAAGGACACUCCUGUUUGAGCUUUACUCCUAUUGGACCCCAUGUUAAUACUAUUUUUGGGGCAGGCAAAUGUUCUGUUGAAAAAAAUGUGCCACCAACCUCAUGCAGCUUACAUUUUUUUUUAGUAUUUCGCUGUCUACUGGAUUACUCCCCCUUUUUAAUAAAAUAGCCAAAAAAAAAAAAAUCAACAGUCAAUCAAACUGUUUAGAGAAUCCAAUGGCAGUGAUUAAUGUGGCAAGAAAUCCUUUCUCCUUCACCUCUUUAUUUAUAACACAGAAGCUUGAAAAUCACCAACAAAAAUUUUCCCCUUACCCUAGCUUCUAAUUAUAGCACAAUUGUUGUUUCACCUGUCAUCCAAUGUAUAUUAUCCUAUCAUGGUUUCUUAAACUAACUUGAUUGGACCCUAGUUUUUCAUUGUGUCAAUUCGUCCAUCUCCGCUCAGUUCAACAGUUUCAUUCUUUGAAAGAAAUCUUUUAUGUUAGGGUCGAAUUGAGCUUAUCCAUUUCAUUAAGACACAAAAAGUUAAGUUUUAGUUCCCCUUUCAGACCUAGCAAUCUAUAGAGCAGACGAUGUAAAGGUCAUCUGUUUCUAUGACCAACAGUUAACGAGCAUCCAUAUACUUAAAUCCAGCCCUGGUAAUGAGUAUAGUAAAGUCAAGUUCCCCAAUCAGACCUUGCGAUAAAUAGGGCAGAUUAUGUUAAGGUCAUCUUUCUCUUUGGCCAGUGGUUGACAAGCAGUGUGUCAUCUAGCCAGCACAAUGACCAACCGCUUUACUUUAUUUCUAAUGUCAGGUACCCAUCAGAGUUGGGUGGACUCAGGGGCGCCCUCAAGGUUCCGAAAUUAAAUAUCCCAGUCUUCACCAAGAUUUGAACCCAGGGCCGCUCGGUUCAGAAGUCAAGCACUUUACCACCACGCCCAUUCCAAGUUGUAACAUUUUAUAUAUUAAAAAUGCUAGUUCUAACAUCAUCUUUAACUAGCAAAGUUCACCAAGGCAUUAUUUUUUAAUAGCUAUUACGUAAUAUCCUAGCCUUCCCCAAGUGAUUAACCACUCAGCCAGCCUGCUCUCCCCUAGUCAAUGUUAAACUUUUAAACAAUUAAUUUGGCUGUAUAGGUGGAUUUCUAGUGAUUUCAUGAUAGUAUAUUGUCAUAGCCCUUGUCUUAGAUCCUUUGAAGUCAUGUCGUCACUAUAAAACAAAAAUGUAUAACCAAGAUAUUUAUUAGUGUUCUACUCAUUUCUGUAUCAUUGUAAUUGAUGAAGUGAUAUCAAAUGUUCAUUGUUUUACUUUUGUAACUCUAUCUUUCUGCAGAAUGUAUUGAUACACUAAAUAAGAUGAACCCUUUGUGUAAUGUUUCUAGUCCAUUAUUACGGUACCAACAAUCAUGCAUGACUGAAUUGACUGCUCACUAUUGACUAUCUGGGUUUUUCGUAACUUUUUUUGGUUUUAAUCAUCACAAAGAAAUAAAAUAUUUUUUAUCAGUCAA